CUAUAUAAAUGGAUUAUGAUCUUCUACAACAACAUCAUAUUUAUCUAUUUUAUUUGAUUUUAUCUACAACUAGAAUUCAAGAAAUGGCUUUCAAGGCAGUGAAAAACUUGCGAUCGAUGGUGACAGCACUAGGAGGAGCAGGAAAACGAUCAUUUGCUACCUCGACCACUCCGAAACUGAAACCAAUGUCCACGACCAUAGAUGCUUCCCACAAUGCUCACAACACUUCUAGGAUAAGCACUCUGAAGGCAGAGUUAACACCAGUGUACAUUGUUUGUGGAAUGGUUGGUGUGGCUGUGGCAAUUGCAUCACACACUGCCUUUCAACAACUGACACGUUCUCCAACUGUUCAUGUUAACAAGAAAAGAAGAGAAUCACUUCCUGAGGUUUCUGAUCCUGAUCGCACUGUCAAUUCUGCUGAUAAAUUCAUUAAUGGUUCCUUCUUAAGGAAAGUUUCUCAAAUUCAAGACAAUAAAUCCACUGUUCAUGAUUCUGUUCAUCCUAAUCCUUUCACUCGUCCUCGAACCACUGAGACAUUGAAAUCAGUUGGUGUUGAUCCUGCUAGGCGUUGACCUGUUGACUCUGCUUUUCCUUAACAAAAAGUGGUGGCUGAUAUAUACUAUUAAUUAUCAUGAUUGCUUCCAUCUUUCAUUUUUGGUAUAUGAAAAUGCAAGAUGUGAAGGUGUAUAUAAUUUGUGUUUGAUUUUUUAUGUGUAAAUUUAUGUAAUAUUAGUCCUCGUUCACUCUUUAGAAAGUGGAACAAUGCGGCUCUAUGUAUUGUAUAUAAUAAAUAAAUAAAUAAAUAAAUAAAUAAAGUCACCAUAGAGAUUGUAAAUUU